AAAACCCUACUUUAUUCAGAGAGGGAAAGAGAGAGAAUUCAAAAACCCUCUGCAAGCUCUGCAACUUCGACAGAUUCCCCGCCCACUUCCCCAGAGGAAAGAAAGAAAUAAUUUCACGGAGGAAGAGAAAGAAAAGAAACCAACAAAGGGAGCAGAAAAAUCCCCAAAGCCCACGUUUCCACGCCCACGAACGCCAACAACUGCACACGAAACCACAACCCGCGUCUCCACCUCUCCCUCUCUCUAUCUCCCGUCCUGUCUUUGUCUCUUUUCUCUGGUAAAGCAAACUUUUUUUUGGAAACUUUGCACUUCCAUCAAUGCCUUUCUUGAUCCUAAAAAUCUCGUCUCCACCAGAACAUUGAUCAAGACCCACCGCUGCUGCAACUCAAGCGAGCUUCAGGUUUCACUCAAGUUUCUUGCUAUGCUCGUCCCUCUUUCUCUUGUUCUGCUAGAAAAGCUUGUGGUGGGUUUUUUCUUGUCUGUCUCUGGGUUUUAAGUCUUGUUAGUGUUUGUUGAAAGUCCAGUGUGAAGUUUGAUUCGUGGUUGGAGGUUAAAGUUUGGAACUUUCUAUCUGGGGCGGGUUCUAUUUCUGUGAAGCUGUUCAGUAUUUCUUUAAUCAAGGGUGUUUCAGGGCACUACAAACGCUACCCAUUUGCCAGGGUUUCAGGGAAUUGGCCAGGAUUCCCGGUGAAAUUUCUUAGCUGUUGUUGGUAGGCAUUUUGGGAACCGUUCAUUUAAUCGCAUUAGUUUUUCCUAUUUUUAGUUCAAAUCAUUCCUAGAUCUGCUACGACCAGGGGUUUUAUUAUACUUGUUUUGAGUUUUGAGCAAGCAAAGGGAUGGAGUGUGCGCCCGCUAAACCCUUAAAGCCGCCUUCAAACAUAACGGAGAUGGUCUCCAAGUUUGCCAAAGUUUGCAGAUUGAGAUCCAUUGGUGUGUUCUCCGGUGAAAACCCACAUAACCAAACAAAUCCCGCCGGCAUUUGCAAUCCCCCUUUGAUGGGUGAGAACAGCAGCAGCGAUGCCAGUGGGGGAACAGAUUCCAGCCGUGCUGGUGGGAAGGAUGGAGUUCGUGCUCAACCUGCAGUGGUUCCUGCGAGUAAGAGCGGAAAAUUGAGCGGUGGUGACAAGGAUAUUGUCAAGCUGUUUGACUCGGUUUCGGCCCUGAAAUUGGCGUACAUUCAGCUUCAGGAAGCUCAUAUUCCUUACAACCCUGACAAGAUUCUAGCUGCUGAUGAAAUAGUCAUGUCUCAGUUCCAAACUCUCUGCAACAUUAGAAGGUCGGUUAAGGAGAAGCAGUUUGAGAAGGCGAAGCUGGAGUCUUCUCGUUUGGGCUCGCUGCGUGCUGAAGUUGAAGCUAAAGAGAGGGUCUUGGAGCAACUGAAGUCUCAAACUGGGGCUAGAGAUGCUGAGAUUGCACGAUUGAGGGAGCAACUUCAUGAUUUGGACACUUCCAAUUUACUGUUGGUUGAGACUAUGAAGGCAAGAAGCUUGGAGAAAAGGAGUUGGAAGGUUGUGGAUGCUGUGAUGUUUGAGGAAAUCUUCAGAUUGGCUUGUAAGUCAAUUCAUGAUUUUGCAAAGCCGAUGAUUAACCUGAUGAAAGCUUCAGGGUGGGAUCUAGACUUGGCUGCCGAUGCAGUUGUGAAAGGGGCGACUUAUGCCAAAAGGUCGCAUAAGAAGUAUGCAUUCGAAGCAUAUGUUUCUCGGAGAAUGUUCCAUGUUAUGUCGCUCAAGUCAUGUAAUGUGGAUGAUGUUAUGAGGUACGAUGAUCCUAUUGAGUCUCUGAUAGAGAAUCCUAACUCAGGGUUCGCCAACUUCUGUGGGAAAAAGUACUUGUUCGUUGUUCAUCCGGUGAUGGAGAUAUGUUUCUUUAGGAAUUUGGAUCAUAGGAUGCUGGUGAUCAGUGGGAAGCAUCCAAGAACACCGCUGUACCAAAUCUUUGUGAGAAUGGCAAAGUGGAUUUGGGUUCUACAGGGAGUUGCCACAUCGAUCGAUCCCCAGGCUAAGGUGUUUGCAGUAAGCAGUGGAAGUGAAUUCUCUGAUGUUUAUAUGGAAUCUGUUGAAGAGAAGUCAGAGUCCAACUGUAAAGUUGAAUUCAUGGUGAUGCCUGGCUUCAGAAUUGGGGACAAAUUGGUUAAAUCUCGGGUUUAUCUUUCGAAACCAAAAUGAUUCAUUCUCCUGUAACUUGCUAGAAUGGAGAUGCUCGUUUUGACACGGGUAACGUUGUGAAGCCUGCUAUUCACCUGCUCUUAUUAAAUGUGUUUAUAUGCUUUAUAAUCGAGCUAGUUACGAGAUGCUUUUUCAGAGUGCUUCAAUUGUAGGUAGCGUAAGAAGGAAAACAGCAGCAGCAGAUGCAGAUGCUGGUAGUUGUUCUAUAACGAGUCUGUUGUCAGGUUCCAGGAAACGCCCUUAUAUAUACUUGUUGACCUGUAAAUGUAAAUAUGAACUAGUACUCGCCAGUUGCCAAUGAGCGUAUUGUAUUCGAAUACAAUGUUGAUAUGAAU